AUGGUCGAAGCAAUGUCACAAACGAGGGGCGACAAUACAAACGCCGACGGCAAACGUCGCGAGACGCGCUAUUACUCUCUUUGGACGAGUUUACAAAUGGGCAAAAUUUGGUCGCAAGUGCACGACGCGUGCAAGAACGUCGUAAAGCUCGCUGCGACGAGUGUCGGCCGUAUUGUGAAGGAUGCACCUAAAUCGGAACGUUCGCCGAGAAAUCCCGUCGAAGUGGCUGACGUGAAAGCUCUCGUCGAAAGCUCGUCCUCGUGUGCCGACAAAAUAUGUGAAGAAACGUGUCGUAAAAAUUUAAUAUGCUUAAAAAGCGGGACAAAAUCGGAGUCGCAUCACGAACGCGUAAUCGAGGACACGGGGGAACGCCGCAAGGAUACAGAAAUAUCGAUACGGGAAAACCCACGAGCGAUUACGCUUCCUCGCCGCGAUAUGCGAAAGCACGCGUGGCAAAACACUGAAAAAGGGGAGGACGAAAAGUCUUGUGUAUUUUACAGCGGUACGAUUAAUAGUAAUCAAUCCUCCACACGUCUACCUGUUGCACUGAUAGAACCAUCGAAAUUCAUAGCUUAUAUUUAG